AUGAAUUCCCUCGAAGUGAUUUUCGGCGAGCUAGGCAUUACUCAGUAUCUCGAUGCCUUCAUCGACCAAGGCUUCGAUUCUUGGGAUACUAUUCUCGAUAUCACCGAGUCUGACCUAGACGCACUUGGCGUUAAGCUCGGCCAUCGAAGAAAACUCCAGCGUCGUAUAGCGAAUUAUCGUGGUGUUGCGCCAGAAACAUCCUUGGUAUCGCCUACAUGCACGAGCAUCGAAGAUGCCAGGGUCGAGUCGAACCGAACCGAAUCGAUCAAGUCCGAAAAAUCAGACGGGACAACCGUCGCGAAGCGCAAAUACAGACGACAUCCCAAGCCAGAUGAAAAUGCACCAGAGCGCCCCCCAUCGGCGUAUGUAUUAUUUUCGAAUAAAAUGCGAGAAGAUCUGAAGGGCCAAAACUUGACCUUCACGGAGAUCGCUAAAUUAGUCGGUGAGAAUUGGCAAAAUCUGAACCGCGACGAAAAAGAGCCGUUUGAAAGACAGGCACAUGAGGCCAAGGAGAGAUACAACCGUGAGCUGGCAGAGUAUAAAAAAACAACUGAGUAUAGAAAAUAUUACGACUACUUACAUGAAUUCCGUAAAAGACAAGCGACCCAAUUACAAGAAAAGGAUGUUUCCAAACGUCUGAAGCUAGAUUCUGAUAGUAUUCGUGGUAGUAGUACCAGCGGUGGUUCAGCCGGGGCAAGUGGUACGACCAGCGGAACAGUCAGUGGUUCCGAUAGCCAACCCGGCAGCGAGCCUCCUCCUACACGCCAACAAAGGCUAGGAUCGUCAACAUCGACUAUCGAUACGGGCGGUCGCGUGGAUUAUCGAGCCCCACUUCCCGUGACCACUCUUCUCACCAUUCAAGCCGUCGAUCCGCAUGGGGCGACGGCCAACGGAUUUAUGGAGAAUCAUCCGUGUUUUGCCCGGCUCCUCGAGUCAUGGUCUAAACAAUAUAUCCGGCCGUAUUUCGAGAUCCUCUGGAUCCGGAUCAAGUUCGAUGUCGCGACCGCCAUCUUUGAAAACCGAGCAGUCCUCAACAGGUAG